UGGGGAAAAGUUGAUGUGGGCGUAGCGCCGCCUCUCGCAGUGUAGUUUGUUCAUGGUGGCGCGAGCGGGCGCGCGUGUUCAGUAAUGGUGAUGGAGCGGCUGGCGGACUUCGUCAGCAAGUCGCUGGAGGGGGGCGAAGCGCCGGCGCCGCCGCCGGAGCCCGGGGAGCUGGAGGACGCGGACGAGGAGGUGGACAUCACGGCCCUGGAGGCGCCGGCGCCGAAGCGCCCGAGGAACUGGUUGCUGUCGCCUGUGCCCGCGCCUUGUAAAAGAGAGGAUGAAGAUGACCACAAACAUGAUGUAUCCGACAAAUCAUCGAACUCGAUCAGCAAUGGCGGCGGCAAGCAGAGGCGGUCCCGCACCAACUUCACUCUGGAACAGCUGGGAGAACUGGAGCGGCUAUUCGAUGAGACACACUACCCUGAUGCCUUCAUGCGAGAAGAGUUGAGUCAACGGCUAGGACUCAGCGAGGCGAGAGUGCAGGUGUGGUUUCAGAAUCGACGCGCCAAAUGUCGGAAACAUGAAAGCCAAAUGCAUAAAGGUCUGCUGGUAGCCGGAGGCGGCACUCCGCUAGAGCCGUGCCGCGUGGCGCCGUACGUGUCGGUGCCGCGGCUGUCGGCGGUGCCGCGCGCGCCGGGCCCGCCGCCGCCGCUGCCGCCGCUCGCGCCGCACCCGCCGCCCGCCGCCUUCGCGCCUUUUGACUCAGCGCUGCUCUCUGCUGCGGCACAUCAGUACGCAAGUGCGGCGGCGGCGGCGGCUGCCGCGGCGCUCUGCCCGCCCUACGCCGGCCUCGCGGCGUUGGCGGCGCGCUGUCGCUCCUCCUCCAUCGCCGACCUGCGCCUCAAGGCGCGCCGACACGCCGCCGCGCUGGCCGCGGCGCGAGCGCCCACGCCGCCGCCGAUCCCCGCCGACGCCGCGCCUGCAGACGCAUAGCCUCACGCCACACCGAUCAAUUUGACUGUAAAAUGUGUACAUAAAGAACAACAUACUCGUACAUCUGAGGGUGAGAGUUAAACAAAAACAGUAGGUAUAUUGGUGAAGAGUGAAUUGAAGUAAGUGAUAGUGAUGUCUUGAGCGGUAAUGUGUCAGCUAAAAAAAUAUGGAUUCGCAACUUUAAUUUAUAACUAUGAAAGAUUUAGGAUGAUGUUUUGAACUACACUGCAUUUAAGUGUCUACAUAACAUAACAUUCUAAUCUGAUACUUAUUUACUUGGUUUUCAUGAUACCUAAACAAUAAGCUU